AUGACGCCGCUGAUCAGCAUGAUGCCAUGCAUGGACUACCUGACCAACCUCACCGUGCUGGCGCCUCCCGCCCAGUGCUGCGACAGCCUCAAGUCGGUCAUCCACAACGCCCCCAUCUGCCUCUGCCAUGGCAUGACCGGCAACAUGAAUGACCUUAUGCCCCUGCCCAUCGACCCCGUCCGCAUGAUCGUCCUCCCGCUCGCCUACGGUGCCAUGCUGUCGCUCCAAACGCUCUUCUCUUGCAACACUAAGUUUUUCAAGGAACGGCAAGAACAGAACACCGAAAGAACAAUCCCGGCAGUGGCAGCAAGGUGCGCUCUUUCUUCCCCAUCCUGCUUGGUUCGUCAACCCCUCUGCGGCAACAAACUCGGCAAGAAGCUCACUCCAUGCCUGCCAUCGCCAAGAGCCGUAAGGGUGAGAGUGAGCGCUGCAAAGCUUCCUCCGGGGGUUGAGGUGCCCAGGGUGCAGCCCAAGCUGAGCGAGCCCUUCUUGGGGUUCACCCAGACCGUCGAGAUCUGGAACUCCAGGGCCUGCAUGAUUGGCCUCAUCGGCACCUUCAUCGUGGAGCUGGUGCUAAACAAGGGGAUUCUUCAGAUAAUCGGGGUGGAGGUGGGCAAGGGCCUCGACCUUCCUCUUUAAUUGCCAUUGCCAAGCUGAUAGCAAGUUUUACUCCCUCUUUUCUGUCUUUCUGAAACCUAGCUAUUAUUGCUCUAAAAAUAUUCUGUCGAAUGAAGAUGCUCAUGUAACUCGGUUAUUGCGUAAUCAUAUGGCGGAGUUCUUUUAAGUUCU